GUCAAUAGUUGCUCACGCAGUUUGCUUGAUACUGAACUGUGCAAACAGGUUUCAUUGUUUUUGCAGAAGGCGUAGUAUAAAGAGGUUUUGUUAUAGAACGCAAGUUACCAAGUGCGUUAAGGUUAAUAGACGUCAACAACGUAACAGGAAACAUUCGCCGCUGACUCCUUUCCAAACUCAGAGUUCAGACAUGUCUUCAGCGUGGGGUUUUUGGAUACUUUUCUCUGUUCAAGUGUUGUCAGUUCACAGCGAGGUGUUCGUUGAUAAAGGAGGUUACAUCAUGUACUACCUACGGGUUCCAGAGAACAACCUGACACAGGCAGUCCCGCUUCUACUGGGGGCAGGCGACCAGCUCAAGUUCAGUUUCCGGCACUGCAACAAGGACGGGGGACUUCUCCUGUACCAGAGAGGUAGCGGCAACACCUACUUCGCCAUCGGCGUGUACAACAACGGGAUAUACAUAGAGAUGAACUUGAACGAUACACUUGUAGAGAUGUCUGGCGGCACAGGUCCUUCUGGAGUGUUUGCAGAUGUCCCUGACAGCCGGUACACUGAGGUGACUAUCGUCGGGCUGCGGCAGCCGGAACACGCCAAUGUCACGGUGGACGGGCGCACGGUGAUGUUAUCCACAUCAACACCCGGCAUCCAGGGACCGAGCUUCACAACUGACAUGUUAGGCAGCCUCGUUAUUGGAGGGGUCAACUCACAUGUAAUGAUGAAAACGGAGAAGCUGAAUAAGGACCUGAUCCCGUGUAUCAGCUUCAUUGACGUGGGGUUGGAGGGGAGGACACUUGACUUCAACAGCGCAGACGUGAAGCACUGGGUAUCGCCGAUGUGCCCCGCCAACUCCUGCUUCUCUGGGACGUCGGCAACGUUUACUUCGGUUGACUCGUAUGUACAUCUGGACGUAGAUGUCAGCCCGAAGAACCAGACAUUCAUUGGAUUCAAGUUCAGAACAAGAAUGAAGGCUGGGCUCCUAUUCUUCUUCGGCGGUCCUGGUGGAUGGCUGGCCUUGUACCUGAGGAAUGGCGCACUGGUGCUUCGGCUCAACACAGAGGGGCGAGGAAGGGAUGCGAUGAAAACUACAAGUGAGUCGACAUUUAACGACGGAGAGUGGCAGGAAGUCCGCGUGGUCCGUCAGGGCGACAAGGCUGUCCUGUUUGACGGCAAUGGGCAUGCUGCGGCAUUAGUGACGUAUGGUUCUGGUGAGAUGUUGAAGCCCCUCCAUGUUACAGCCCUGUAUGUGGGAGGAGCCAACACCACCGUCAUACCUGGGGUGACCUCAGCACUACUGGGCUGUAUGGAGGAGUUCAUAUUUGCCAGUUUUGAUGCAGUAACAGAGUCACAACCACGAGGACUGAGCUUGAGGAAUAACAACAUUGACUCCAGACACGUGGUCUUUGAAGGAUGUACAGAGAGCGAGUCAUGUGACCCGAGAUGUCCGUCUCCUGCCCAGACGUGUAGCCUGGGAGUAUGUGACUGUGCACCAGGGCACAGCGAGGUGACCAGAGAUCCUCUAGUCUGCAGUGACAUAGAUGACUGUGCAGAAGAGCCUUGUGUCCACGGAGUGUGCACAGAUCAGCCCAAUGACUACAUCUGUGAGUGUACUCCUGAAUAUAAAGGAAGGAACUGCUCUGUGGAAAGCAGCUGUUACAAGUUCCCCUGCAGUAAUGGUGCCACGUGUGUGGAAGACCAGACUUCACCACCCGGGAUUGAAAGUCGGACUUGCCACUGUUUCCAAGGAUACGAGGGUGUGAACUGCAGCAAAGAUAUCGAUGAAUGCAGUGAAAACGUGUGCGUGGCCAACAUCACGCGGGCCUGUGUGAACUACCCUGGUGGGUUCUCCUGCCUGUGUGUGGAGGGGUGGACAGGACAGGACUGUAGUGAGGAGAUCACACCGUGUCACGAACACCCAUGUGGACUGGGCAUCUGUAACGUCACCACAGGUGGUUACAACUGCACCUGUCCUGAUGGAACUAUAGGUCAGGAGUGUGCACGCAUACUUGCAUUGUACAGACAGUCCCAUCUACCAAUCGUCAUCGGAGUGGCGGUGGUGAUAACGAUCGUCCUUUGUGCUUUACUUUAUAUCCUACUGAAAAAAGGGAAAUGCAAGGGCAUGGAAAUCUGUCUGAAGAGUAAGAUUUUUGGAGAUAGAGGGUACCGAUAUAGGGACAUCUAUGCUGUGUCCUGAACAUCAACUGUGGAAGUUAGAUAUUAUUAGUCAAACAGAACCAUGAAGGCUUUCAAAUGUCUGUAGUUGUUUCAUAGUACCCAUGAGUAUUUUCAUCAGGUUAGCAAAUUAGCAGAGCCUCGAUCAAAACAUCAGCAGGUAAAAUCAUUCCAGGUCGUGUCAUAAGACAACUUUAUGCUUUGUAUUUUGUAGUAUAUUUGUGUUAACUGCAGUAGUUUAAGUGACGUAGAACCCAGACAUGUUUGUAAUUGCUGACAAGCUGAUUAUCUCCUGUUGUAACAGUUGUUUAAAGCAGAAACCUUACAGAGAGGAGCAAGGGGCCAGUACCAGUUUUUUUUAUAGGCAUAAGAAUUGUCUGAAAUUACAAUAACUAUCAUGUUAUUGACUUUUAAGUUGUUAAAAAAAACAUUAUUUGCAACAAAGAAUACACCCUUCUAAAGUUAAAUUUGCCCGUGCAUCUGUAAAAGAUGCUUAGGGGUGGCCCCAUCUCCAUUUCUGUGCCCUUGGGCCACCUAUCAAGUAGGUUACACCUCCUUUCACCUAUCUAAAGCUUCAUCCCACUUCGGAGUAACCUCCAGCUUUCUCCAGGCUUCCCAAACUCCCCAAACAGGGAGUCCCCCUAACAACCACAGCCUCCAGUGAAGGAUCAGUCAUUUGUAUACAAGUUAGCAGGUUUUCUAGCUAAGAUCUUAUUAGUUUUGAAGUCUCAACAUCAUGUGCAGACUAGACAAUAAGUGCAGAUUUUGUCCACAUAACCAAAGAUGAUCUACUAGAAUGUAGAGAAAGCUGAAAUAAAUCAUCACUUCAAUUAA